AUACGUUCAUGAUCUCAGGCUUUUUCAAGAGAAACAACUCGCAUGGUAGUAGUAAUAACGACAAGCAAUUAAACAGCGACGACGACGAUCUCAAACCGCCGAGUAGUUCGUCAUCGCCCUUCCGUAGACCUCUUACUUUUAGAGCGUUUAUCACACCUGCAUAUCCAGUGGCACCAGUCCCAGGAUACGUCGAAUCUAUUAGAAAUACUAUCUGUUACAGUUGGCUCAACAUUCUUUUAAUCUCAGCUCCAAUUAGCUGGGCACUUCAUCAAAUACACAUCACCGAUAUCGGUACUUUCGUCACCUCCAUACUUGGUGUCGUACCAUUAGCCGCUUUGCUUUCAUUUGGCACUGAAGAGAUCGCCUUGCGUACGUCAGUACCCCUCGGUGGUUUGCUCAACGCCACGCUUGGAAAUUUAGUUGAAAUUAUCAUCGCAGUACUCGCUUUAGUUAGAUGUGAAUUAUCUAUAGUUCAGUCUUCUUUACUCGGUGGUUUACUUUCCAACAUUCUCCUCGUGCUUGGAAUGUCAUUCAUUGCUGGCGGUAUAAAGUUCAGCCAACAGUCUUUCAAACAACUUCCCGCAUCACUCAAUACCAGCCUAUUGAUGUUAUCAGUAAUGUCCCUCAUGAUCCCCCUAGCAUUCCAUACAAUCCUCGGUGAUAAAUUUCCAGAAAAUCCUACUUCGGAAAAGUCUUUUAUCUUACAGAUGUCUAGAGGUACAUCUAUCAUUCUGAUAUUUAUUUAUUUAUGCUAUAUGACUUUCACCUUUUAUACCCAUCAAGAAGAAUUCUUGGAUCACGUUGAAGAUGAUGGUUUAAUCUCUCCAACUCAUCCAGAUAGCACAACGCAAGCACAUGUAACUUCAUUAUCUGACGAUUUAGAAGCUGGCUUCAAACGACCGCAAUUAAAAAGGGCUAGAACUGCCCCUAUUAUAGCUACGCCGCUCAUGACUUCAACAUCAACCUACUCCGGUUCAACAAAGUGCGAUGAAACGCCACGCAUUGACAACAAACGUCAAGUUGAACAUCCUAGGUUGAAUAUUGGGACUAGUAUUGCAAUUUUGAUUAUAACGACAAUAUUAUUAUACUUUACAUGUGAAGCACUAGUAGAUUCAAUACAAGGUUUGGCAGAUAGUACAAGCGCAUCCAAGGAGUGGAUCUCGCUAAUCAUUUUGCCAAUAGUUGGCAAUGCUGCGGAGCACGCCACAGCUGUUAUUGCUGCCGCUAAAGGAAAGCAAGAACUGGCUUUGGCCGUCGCUCUGGGAUCUACCGUUCAGAUCGCUAUAUUUGUCAUUCCACUAAUUGUUCUACUCGCUUGGAUCAUCUCGAAACCACUCACUCUAGUAUUUGAACCAAUGGAAACAGUCGUACUAUUUUUAUCAAUCUUGUUAGCAAGAUUCGCUAUCGAAGAUGGUAGAAGUCAUUGGUUGAGUGGUUGUGUCUUACUUGGUAGUUACCUCAUCAUUGCUUUGGUGUUCUGGUACUUCCCAAAAUCCGACACGUUCGAGUUCAUCACCUGUAUGACAUGAUUGUUUUACAUAGUCUCCAUAAAACGCAACUUUGAUGACCCGCAAGAGAACACUGAUCUGUAAAUUACUCAAUUUCUACUCUGUUUAUCAACUCUGUCUUAAACUUUUAUACAUAAUUUACAAAGUGGU